UGCAGUGGAACGGCGAGUGUUCGCGUGCGGUUCUGUAAGUGGAGUAGAGAGGAGAUUCCGGCUUUAAACUUCAGGACGUUACAGCUCCACAGACAAAUUAUUCGUGCAGUCGUGAAUAAGUCAAGACAGACAGUAUCGCUGCUGGACAAGAAACAACCGAAUCGGAACGCCAAAUUCUCGCUGAACAGAAACUGCAAGAAAUCGUCUCCCUGAGACGCGAUUCCUUACACAGUAGACAGGGGUUCAUGCUUCAGGCAUGCAGUAUUUCCGAAGAACUUCAGUACAAAAUGCUGAGACGCCACGAAUGCGUGCCCAGCAUCCGUUACCUGAACUAUGUACGUGUAUCUCUUCAUUCCGUCCAAAGACACACUUUCUACUUCGGAAUCAGCACCAAGAACAGCUAAGCACGGAUAUUCGCAUACAGGCGUAUAGACUGCAACAAGUGGUGGACUGUUAGUGUGGCAAGGUCGGACCAACUAUCUGUAACCGCGACUAUGCAAGCAGAUUUCGCCGCAGGGGAAGAUGCACUCCGAACGCUCACCUUCAGUGAUCCGUGCCCGCUACUGUCAGACCUGCGCCUGGCUUCAGUGAGGCGAGACAGGCUUUUGGUCGAAGUGUAGUAAGUUCGUUAUCAUGCGGUGUUCGGCGUGAAGUCUAAUGACAAGGUUCCACAGUACUGGUGACGAGUAUUUGGUUAUGGAUUGAAAUGCGCUGAGAAGACAUAAUUGAAAGACGUGGUGAAAUAAAGGAAGUGUGGUUAUGAAAGUAAUGAUAAUACCAUACGUGAUUAACUUAAAGUAUUGUAAUUUUAAUAAUAUGAUUAUCCAGUUGUCCAAAAUUAUUGCUCUUCUACAUCGCCCAUAUUUGUAUAAUUUGUGUGCCAAGAACAGCUUCAUAGUCUUCUGCGUAGGUAUGACCUCUUUGAAAACGCCUUCAUAACAGGUCUACUUUGAUUUCUUCGCUGUCUCUCAUUCAUUCAGAUACAGUGCCUCCUAGUGCAGUGCGUGAGAGUUUGUGAGGUGGUUGUGUGUCCCUCUCUAAUGUCACUGAGAGUCUGAAAAUUGUGAAUUUAGAAGUUUUAAGAAGUGCGUUGAGAAGUGGGACCUGAUCAGAGCUGAGAUCCACGAUUAUUACGAGAGGACUGAAUUGUUAUAGGAAAGAUGAAUGAUUGUGUAACGGUGCUCCGUGUAACGUACUGUGCUUCUGACAUCGUGGGUGAUCAUAUCUCUAUGUUCGGGAGUUAAUCAAUCAUCUCCCGCUACAAACUUACGUCAAGACCAAAAGUUUAAUUAUCAAUUAAAAUAUUUGGCAGGUAAUCAGAUAAAAUUGUCUUCAUGAGAUGUUAUUCGUGUGGAUAGAACUCUUUUUAGUUUAGUUUCGCCAUAGGAGCUAGGAAGAGCAGUAGUCGGCUCACGAAGUGUCAGUUUAUAGCUCUACAGUGAUGAAGUGUGGUGACGAAAGUGGGCUGGGAUGUGGCUGAUCCACAAAAGAAUGUGCUUUGGGAAGCUGAUGAUUACGCUGUGACUGCCGUGCCAAUUGAAGGACCGUAGAACUUCCGACGACCUGGAGUGUUACGAAGGUAUCACUUGGAGCUUCCGGUUCCCGUCUCUGAAUUCCUUGUCGCGCCGCAAGAUGCCCCUGUCUCCGAAGCCUCAUCUUGAUGUUCGACAGUGGCUCAACGUCCUGGACCUGGGACAAUAUGCGAGUGUGUUCGAAAAGUUCGAAGGAGUUGAGGAUCUUCUGACGUUCACGGAGGCGGACAUCAAGGACCUGGGCGUGAAGAACUCGGCACACCGGGCUAGAGUGGUCUCCAGCCUUGUGGCACUCCGCACCAAGCAAGGGAAAGUUAAUAAGAAACUGGAGAAAUCCCAGCGCCACAGUGUCGCCGUGGACAGUGGAAGACUGGUGACUCAGAAUGGAAACUCCGACAUCUUUGUUGUCAGUGACGCUAUCCAGAGCAAAAGCUUAUGUAAUCUCAUAAUGGAGGCGACGCCCGAUCCCACGGCCGACCCGUCGCAGCUGAAGAAGGCACUCGAAUGGGAGCUGAGUCUGGACACGCGUGACCUGAGAUCUCAUGCGUGGUAUCACGGGGCCAUCCCGAGGCAGCGCGCGGAAGAGAUCGUGGACAGGGACGGCGACUUCCUCGUCAGGGACUGCACUUCACAGCCGGGCAACUAUGUCCUCACUUGUCGUUGGAAGGGCCAGAGUCUCCACUUUGUCAUCAACAAGGUUGUGAUUCAGCCAGACACUGUGUAUGAGCGUGUACAGUACCAGUUUGAGGAUGAUGCAUACGACACUGUGCCUGAUCUCAUCACCUUCUAUGUGGGUAGCGGAAAAGCUAUUUCUUCAGCCUCUGGAGCUCGUAUUCAAGCACCAAGAAACCGUCUUUACCCUUUAUCUUUCUAUGCAACUAAAUAUGGUCUCCAACAACAGAUGACUGGCAGUGGAGGAGGAGGUGGCUCAUGUGUUGUUUCGCCCCUUGCUUCACCCUUAACGGCAGCUGCUGGUACACUCCGCUACAACCCAUAUAAUUCCUACAAGAGCCCAGUACACUCACCACCUAGAACUAAACGUGAGACACCUCCACGUUUACCCAGUAAGAAACAAAGGAGUCAAUCUCUGACACCAGCAGAAAUCAAUGGAAGACCUCAACAGAUCAUAUCACCAAGUGGGCCACAGGAGAAGAGCAGCAGUGCAGAUGGAGUCAUACAGAACUCGGUUAUGACAAGGUCAGCAUACCAUGAAUCUGUGACGACCAACAGCGGAAGUAAAUUCUCUACACAUUCUCUGCCGCGAUCAGCAGGGAUGUCCUGUGCUAAACAACAUUCACCAGUAUCUGGAUCUGCAACUCUGCCGACGAAAAAUGGCAAAAUGGUGCGUGUCACGAGUGACCCAGCCCUCAGUCCUUGUCUAGAGAGACGCAGGUUUGGUUUUAUUGGUGAUAAUCAACAACUUCAGGACUUAGAAGGUGAUUCUGGAAUACUGCCAGAACAGCCUCCUCCUAAACCUAGUCGUGUACCCUCAAUCAUGCGCACAAACUCAAAAGACAACAGUGGUAAUACUGCUCCUCCCUUGCCAGAGAAGAUCAGUAGUGAUAGUGCACAUCAGGAUAAUGGUUCUGGAAAUGGACGUCUAACUGGUGUACUGGCCACUGGCUGUGACUCUAGCCCUUCCUCUUUAGCUCAAGGACAUCAUGGUACUUUCCAGAGAGUAGCAUCUUAUCAUGCCUCUGGAAGUGAUUCUGGAAAUGGCUCUGGAGAUUCCGCUCAGAGUUCAGCAGCAGGUGAUACAACCGAUUCUAUCAACUCUUCGACAUUAUCCCACCAUCGCUCAGGUGGGGUUGUAAUUAAAAAUCCACGCUACUAUCAUGGGCACGUUCGUCAGUUGAGCAACUCAGCACUUGCCACUUCAUGUUCAUCAUCGACUUUGAAGCCUCUUGAAUACGAUUCUGCGGCAGAAGACUCUCUUCUCUUACUCUCAGUCCCCGAUCCAGAUCCACCGUCGGCUUUUGACUUGGAAAAUUUCCAAACUCUGCUCCUUCCAACAUUGGAGAACAAGCCACUAGAUACGACGGCACUGCAGGGAAUUAAGAUGAUGCUUCAGGAAACAGGACCUAGGAUACUGGCAAACCACUUGACCCGGGUGGAUCUGGAGCUUACGAUUGGUGGUGGUGCAAGGACCAGUGGAUGUUGGGAGGGAGACCUAGGUUUGGGUAUCAGCUGUGGCAUUGAGCUGUGCACCCUGCCACAUGGCCACCAAUUAAGGCUUGAUCUCAUUGAAAGGACGGAAUGCCUGAAGCUACUUGUGGCAGUAACCAUACUAACGUGUGCAACAGAGGCAGACCGUGCUGAAGCUCUCAACAAGUGGAUUCAAGUUGCAAUAGACACAAAAACUGCUCUAGGGAACCUUUAUGGUUUCUGCGGAGUGAUGAUGGGACUCUGCAUGCCACAGAUUGAGAGGUUAUCAGCAACGUGGCAUGUUCUACGCCAGAAGUUCACUGAUAGUGCAUUCAACUUUGAGGCUAAACUCCGCCCAACCUUGAAGAGCAUGAAUGAAUGUACUAACCCACAGGCACCAAACACAACUAUCCCACAUCUGCUUCCAUUCAUAUUACUGCAAGAAAGAACUCUUGACGACAUUCUAGGUAGCAACCCCAGUGGCAACAGCACUAUUGUAAGCAGCUGUCUUGGGCCUUGGGAAUCAACUGCUGAUUUCGGUCUUGGGACAUGGUUUGCACACCUGGAAACUGCACGUAAAUUUGGUGAAUCACUAGCUAUGUUCCGACGAAAUGCAGAGAUUGUUCUAGGAGAUUCUAAAGUGGACGAGUUGCUUACAGACGCUUUCCACACAGAAUUUCAUCUUAAAUUUUUAUGGGGAAGUCGUGGUGCUUGUGUUGCUGCAGAAGAGCGACAUGCUAAAUUUGAACAGGUGCUCACUGUCAUGUCAGAAAAGUGUGAACCUCCUCAACCAAGUACACCAGCCUCACCAGCAGCUCCUGCUGUUGGAACCACUGUCUGAAUUGAUAGUUCUGAAUGUCUGUUACGGUAGUUGUGUGAAAUAUGAACACUGCUAAUCAGUUUUGUAUAGAAAUGAGGACAAAUUGCAUUUAUGUGCAGUAACUUGCACUGGUGUGCUAUGUAACAAUGAUGUGCAACUUGAAUUGCUUCAGUCAAAAAAUUACAGUUAUAUACCUCAAUGUGCUACUGACUGAAACAAAUUGUGAUUCCAUAUUCAAUUUCAGAAAAAUGGGAUUGGGGGAAAUAAGGACUGCCAUUAAUUUAUAAAACCAAAUUUGUAUUAAGGGAGAACCUGGCAGUCUUUAGGUAAGGCAUGAAAGGGCCUCAGGUAUGAUCCAUAAUGGAAGGUAGAGAUUUUCUUCUGCUCAAAUAGAAGCCUUCACCUCUGCCAAAGCUUAGACGUAGGGAGUACUGAAAAUAUUAUGACCCCGCUGCUGAUACUGUCCAUCAGCCAUCAAUCUGUUAUUACUGUACCAAAUUCCAACUCAUGGAUGCUUCCACUCCAGAAAUGAUGUAUCUCCAUGGGUGGGCAGAGGUCAUA